CCCCCGUUCCUUAGCCCGAAUGGUUCGCUCGUGUCUCGCUCGCUCCUUCUGUUCCACGAGCGCGCGCUGAGCAGCAGCAAUUCAUUCAACACCAACAAAACCGAUUAAAGAUGACUGCAGUGGACUGUUUGGCUAGUGAGAGGAUCUGGUUUGAUAAGCCGAGAUAUGAUGAAGCUGAACGACGGUUUUACGAACAGAUGAACGGACCCACAAAGCCCAAACAGGACACUGGAGCUAACACUAUUCUUCAAGACAUCGCUAGAGCGCGAGAAAAUAUCCAGAAAUCUCUCGCUGGGCUCAAGACAACCUUGCAGCCCAGUAGAGGCUCUGCCCCUAAACCCUCAAACCCCUCCCACUGCUCCGCCCCUAGCUCCGGAGGCAGUGCUGCUGAUAUCGGGGAACUUGCAGCACGCAUGAAGAGCCUGGAACUAGAGAACCAGAGUCUACACAAAGUGGUGGAGGAUCUGCGUUCUGCUCUCAGUAAGAUGGAGAGUCGCGUGUCUGCGCUGGAGAGAAGAUCUUCAUCAUCUUCAUCCUCGUCUUCAUCAGCACCAGCCGUUAACGGGACCCGUCCCGCAGCUCCACAGAAACCCCUAUCAGCUCCGGUAAAAGAGGAGGAGGAGGAGGAUGAUGAUAUUGACCUGUUCGGCAGCGAUGAAGAAGAGGAUGAGGAGGCAGAGAGACUCAAAGAGCAGCGGCUGCAGGAAUACGCCGCAAAGAAAGCCAAAAAACCCGCUCUCAUUGCAAAAUCCUCCAUCCUGUUAGACGUCAAACCUUGGGACGAUGAGACGGACAUGUCGAAACUGGAGGAGUGUGUGCGGUCGGUGCAGAUGGACGGGCUGCUCUGGGGGGCGUCCAAACUAAUGCCCGUGGGCUACGGCAUCAAGAAACUGCAGAUCAACUGUGUGGUGGAGGACGACAAGGUGGGCACAGACUUCCUGGAGGAGGAGAUCACCAAGUUCGAGGACUACGUUCAGAGUGUGGAUGUUGCGGCGUUCAACAAGAUCUAACACACUCACACACACACACACACACACAUGUAAACACUCACAUGCUACUGCUGCUGGAUGAACAUCGGUUAAUAAAAGAUCUUGAAAUGUG